CCCGCUCUGGUUGUGUAAUGGCGGCUGUUUCCGGUUUGCUGUUAGUUUCGGUUUUGUCUGUGUGCAGACUCCGGGUCCCGGAUGUAGUCUGUGUCUCUCGGCUUCCUCAGAGCUCCGUCUUCGAGUAGCUCGUGUAGCGAAUAGUUUUAUUUGAACUUAUUUUACAACAGAAUGGUUUUAACGCGCCGAUGAUUCUCCAGAGAGAAACUAAAGGAAUGAGUUCAUCAGAAGAGCAACGUCAUCUACAGGUUUAACCCUGCAGUCCACAGAAACUACAGUAACUACAGAAACUACAGAAAUGGCCCACUCGGACAGGGAGCAGGACCUCCGGGUGGUCCUUCACGGGAAUGUAGGUGCAGGCAAGAGUGAAUCAGGCAACACACUGCUUGGAUCUUCAUGCUUUUUGUCUGAGCUCAGUGGCUCUGCAGUCACCCAGCAGUGCGAGGCUCAGACUGUGACCUUGGGAGGAAAGCGGAUCAUGGUGGUGGACACUCCAGGACUGACUGCAACAAUGGACUCAAACACAGCUAAGAAGAAACUGCUCCAGUGCCUCCAGCUCUCAGCCCCAGGGCCUCAUGUUUUCCUGCUGGUGAUCCCCCUGGGCCGAUUCACCCAGGAUGAGAGGGACACAGUGGACAGACUGAUAGAAGUGUUUGGGCAGAAGCUCUACAUGUUCACCAUUAUCCUCUUCACUUUUAAAAGAAAAAAUACCUCCAUUGAGGAGUAUAUCAGGACUGCUGGGGACAGUCUUCAGCAGCUGGUUCAGAAGUGUGGCAGCAGGUACCACGCCUUCAGUGAAAACCCUGGUAAAAAGGAUCAAGAGGAACUUCUAGCAAAGAUAGACAAACUGGUAGCAGCCAAUGGUGGUAGAUGGUACACAAACACAGACGACGAGAUGAAAGAUCUUGAAAUGAAACUGAAGCAUCAACAUUUAGGUGGGGGAAGCUUGACCUCCAAAACGAGUGUCUCUGAAAAACUUGGCAGUCUGAUUCACAGUAAGAGACCAGACUCUCCUGAGCCCAGCUGUGUGUCUAUGAAGAGUGAUCAGUCAAUGGAUAGAGACAUAGCCUUCAAACAGGGAGAGUCUUCACCUGAACUGAGGUGAGUACAGUAUCAUGGAUAAUACUUAUUACCACCCUGAAUAGAGGGAGUAAAGACCACUGUAAACACCAGUGCAGUUUCCCCAUAGAUGGCUUUAUCUAGAAUGAGGAAAAGCCUGUGAUCGCCCCCUACUGUCUGGAUCGAGGCAUAGCCAGUCGAUCUCAGAUCACUAUAAUAAGAUCUACUGGUAGAUUCUCUAUUUAAGAGAAGAGCUAAGCUUUAUGUCUGUUAAUACUCUUUAUCAUGGAUUCACCAUCAUUUUCCUACUUUUUACACAUGAAUUCUCAAACAGCUCCAGAGUUAUGA